CUGCCACUAUUAGUUUCAAAGUUCAUGUAUGAACUUUUAUUAUUCAGGACAAAUGGUGUAUGAACGAAGUCCGAACAAAACAAGAAUUUAAGGGAGAAUAAGAGAAUGAUACGAAGCACAUCUAGACCAAUGAACUACUGAAGACAUCAAUUUCAUAAGCUGAAGAUAGACAUACUCUAAGCUGUCUUCGGCUGUGAAAAAGCGCUUUGUACAAGAUAAGCUACUUGUCCCAAACCAUCCAUUUUCCUUUAAACAGGUUUGUGGAUAAAACCUUAUACAAUGGCAGAGAGCAAUGAGAUGACCAUUAAUCUUGCUGUGCUCGGAAGAACUCAGACCGGUAAGAGUGCUGCUGGGAACAGCCUGCUGGGCAGCUACGACUUCGAAAGUCAUCUCUCCCCCAGCUCUGUGACUACAUGUUGCAGCCUUGGAUGUAGCAGCCGCAUUUCAGGGGUUAUACGAAGAAACGGCUGUGAGCUAGCUCUCCGUGUUCGAGUACUUGACACUCCAAGCUACCCACACAGCAGUCUGAGCAAAGAGCAGGUGCAACGGAGAGUGAGAGCAGCCCUGGCUCAACACUUCAGAGAAGGCCUACAUCUAGCUCUCUUGGUCCUAAGGGCUGACUUGCCUCUGUGUCCUGAUGAAAAUGAUCACACAAUUCAGUUCAUCCAGGAACUUCUGGGUCCCACAUGGAAGGAUUUCACUGCAGUUUUACUUACUCAUGCAGACAGGACAGAAGAGGCUGGAUUCAGUGAGGAUGCUUACUUGCACAGUGCCUCAAGUACCCUGUUGUCACUUUUGAGCUCAGUACAGCACAAAUACAUUUUCCUAGACAACCAAAAGAGCAUAAUUAAAGAGGAAAGAGCUACCAUCUUAAGCAAGCUCUUGAAUUUUAUAAGAAAAAAUAAUUAUCAAUUGCUUCUGCUUAAACACACAAAGGAAUAAGAUGAGCUUUCAGGUGCUCAUUUACCUGUUUUCUAUUGUACAUAAUACUUAAUAGAAAUAAAACCCUAAAAGUCAACAGUCGGUACAUUCUACACUCAUACUGAAUAUUUUCAUGUUUUAACACAUAGUUGGAAAUCUUUCUUUAGUAUACCAAACUAACUGCCUUUCAUAAAAUACCUUGCACUGCUGAUCCAGAAUCCUAGCUUCAACUACAAAACCAGAUCAAGGUAGCGCUCUAAAUCGUGCUCCUAAUACGUGUGUAGCCACAAAUGAGAUUUUACACUACAGCAGAUCUUAUAUCGCAGUCCAUACGGAACACAAAUCUGGAAAAAGAAAAAAGUAAAACAUGCACAUGACUUCAGAUGGGGCUGUGGCACUGCAAGGGGAAAGGGAGCCUCUUCAUUCAGCACUCAAUUCUGUAGGCUUUCAAGCAGAAGUUUCUCUGAAGCCCAGAGUUUGUAAAGAGCUUUCCAAUAUUAAAAGGUAGGAGCUAUGUAAAAAUACUUCCCUACCUUGAUUCAAAAUUAAUUAGAAUUGAGAGUUUGAACUUUAAUAAUUUUGUUUAAUAAGACAUUACUGGAUACGCAGUUUACAAGGCAGUUAAAAUAGCUCCCAUGUGCUUAAUAUUAUUUGGCACAUUUGAAAGAACUAAUUACUAUUGCUUAUUCCCAGAUGCAUGAAAAAUUAACACAGUUAAGUAUAUAGGCACACAUAAAACUCAUUCCAAAAAGGAAUCUGUUAUCUCUUCUUUUAUGCCUGUUCCUUUUUAUUUUAUAUCACUGCAAUUUUGUUUUCUCUCCCAGCUUACUGGAUGAAGUUCAAAGCCUGGGAAAUUCAGAGUGACUAAGACUCCGACUAUUUUUUUAAUUUCAGUGGUUAGAAAAGUGCUUACUGUUUUAGUGGUAAGAAAGCAGACAGUUAAACACUAGAUGCUAAAACAUCUGAACCAUCUCUAAAUAGCUACUUAAAAGGUUUAUUGCAAACUGAUCUAAAAUGGUUCUUUUCAAAUUAUGAAGGGGCAGGAAUUAUAAAAAGUAAUUUGAAGCUAUUACGAUAUCAAUUGUGACUACUUGUACUAUUUUAUUAUAGAUUAAUUCCAAUUUUAAGAACUGAAGAAGCUAUUUCUUUUACACUACAGCAUCUGUUGUAUAAAAUAUUAUUGCUUAUAAGGACAUUAAAACCAAAAAUUGAUUUGUCUUAUAUUUGUUUCUGGCAUUGGCAACUGACUUUCUUUUUUUUAAAUUGACUAACUAAUUGACAAUCUAUUCUCUAUAUUCACUACUUAUUAGUAUUAUUUGUCAUUUAAAAGGAAAUCUCUAGGUGGAAAAGGUGAAACCCAAGAACUACAUUAGCAAAGUGACAGCUUUGAUUUUAUUUAAAUUGUAACACUUAAAAGCUAUACUUUAAUCUUCGCAUUAGUGAAGUCUGGGGACUACUCAGACAACACAGCUAAGAACAGAGUUGCAGAGGCUUAUAAUAUUUGAGAGGUGUUUAGGAGAAGGGGAUUGAAACUAUGGAAAGACGACAAGAGGAGUAAAGAUGACUGUGGCCUUCAGUGACCAACCAUCAGUCAGUCUUGCACCUCUUGAACAGAGUUUAGCAUGCAAGGAACAUGGCAGAAAAUUUGUCUUCCUGAGAUGGAUGGUUUUGCUUAGUAGAACCUCUGAACCUUGUAGCUGUCCAGAGAAUAUGUUUGCCUGCCUUAUGCACCCUUUAGUUCUACCAUGAACAAACCUUGGCAAUUACAUCUUAAACACUAAAUAGUUAAUGACUGUUGAUAAUACUCAACUUCAAAGAUAGCAAGCAUAGGUAAUGAG